UUUCCGGUUUGCCGUUCUGUUAGCACGCUACUCAACGUCAGACACAGGGACAAUGUGGUAUCGGACACUCUUAACAAGAACGAAGUCCAGUUAGGUUGUACUUUUCAAUAAUUUACAGUACUUGAAUAACAAAUGUACAAAGGUGAAUGUUGACUUUUUUUUGCAUACUGAAGAUUAACUUUAUUAUAAUAAAAAGGUUUUCUCAACACUGUUGAUCUCUUAGUAAAUACUGGCUAGAGAAGCCAUCAGGUUGUCACGAGACUGUGACCUAUGUAAUACUGUCAAACCUUUUGCUAUUAGAAUUGAGGAUCAAAGUUCGUUUUGCACGUUUUUUUAUCAUUAGCUCGUAUAUAGACCAUCAAGUUCAUAGAGUGAAACGUAUUAUAGAACAUGGUGGAAGAAAGUACAUGCAGUGAAAGCAGUCAGGAUGGGAAGGAGCUGAGGACUGACAAAAACGAACAGACUGUGGAACAUAAUGCUCCAGAAUCGAUCAUCCUCGAAAAAAAAGAAGACCCGGAAGCCCAAACGCAAAAGUCCAGCACAUGGAUAUGGUCCGUUGUUUACCUUUGCUUCUAUGGCUUCAUGGUUCAGCUAAAGCCCGGAGAGCCGUUUAUCACACCAUACCUGCUCAGUACAGAGAAGAACUUCACUACAGUACAGGUCACCAAUGAAAUCAACCCUGUACUCUCAUAUUCCUAUAUGGCAGUGUUGGUGCCAGUAUUUCUGCUGACAGAUUACCUGCGCUAUAAACCUGUACUGAUUCUUCAGAGCUUGAGUCAUGUUUCCAUCUGGCUCUUGCUGCUUUUGGGCACAUCAUUGCUGGAAAUGCAGUUUAUGGAGUUUUUCUAUGGCAUCACCAUGGCUGCCCGUGUGGCUUACUCUUCUUACAUCUUCUCACUGGUGCCACCCACUGUAUACCAACGUGCAGCCGGCUACUCCCGCUCCUCUGUGCUCAUGGGAGUCUUCACAAGCUCUGUGUUAGGUCAGUUGUGUGUGUCAGUGGGUGGUGUGUCAUACAGGACGCUCAGUGCAGUAUCUCUGGGGUUUGUUACUUUUGGAUUGCUGCUGUCCUUCUGUCUGCCAUGGCCUAAACGCAGCCUGUUUUUUAACCGAACUCGCCUGGAGGCUGAAAGGAAGGAUGCAGCCCAGUCAGAACUGACCAAAAUGAAACCUUGUGAGAAGGAUGACAUUGUGACAGCCACUCCUUCCUGGAGGACUUCUGUAUUUAUUCAGAUGCUGAAAGAGUUAAGGAAUGUCGUGAAAGUACCUAGUUUAAGGCUGUGGAGUUUGUGGUGGGUGUUUAACUCCACUGGUUACUACUUGGUUGUGUUUUAUGUGCACAUUCUGUGGAAUAAAGUGUAUCCUGCCAUAGAGAAAAAGCAUGUCUACAAUGGAGCUGUUGAAGCUGCCUCUACAUUAUUAGGUGCAGUUGCAUCCUUCAUAGCAGGCUAUGUAAAAAUAAGAUGGAAUCUUUGGGCCGAGCUGGUGAUUGGAUUUAUAACUGCAGCCCAGGCCGGUCUACUCCUCCUCAUGGGCACAACUGAUAAUAUCUGGGUUUGCUAUGUGGCAUACGCCAUGUUUAAAGGUUUCUACCAGUUCUUGGUUCCUAUUGCCAUUUUUCAGAUUGCAUCCUCUCUCGAUAAAGCAUUGUGUGCUUUAGUAUUUGGAGUUAAUACUUUUCUUGGGACAAUUCUUAAGACAAUCAUCACCAUCAUUGUAGUAGAUAAAAGGGGAUUGGCCUUGAAUGUUCAUUCUCAGUUUUUUGUUUAUUUUUUUUACUUUACCUUGUUGACACUGAUUUAUCUAUGCUGUGGUGCCUGGGUCAUCACACGUCAUUACCGCCAUCAGAGAGCAGCGGCGGGGCAAACAGAAUUGCCCAUGGCCGCUGACUCAGUCCUACAGCAGUAGCUGCUGGUGAGGCGCAUAAUGGAACCAGUAUUAGGCAUGAGAUUUUAAUGAACUCCACAGGGGUAUUUUCCUUAUUUUGACCAAUUUAAAAUCUCUUACAAAAAUGAUUAUUAUUAGUUUAAGUAGUGUUGGUUUUAUUGUUUAUUUUAUGUUAAUCCUGUUGUUAGAGGUUUAACAACAAGUUUAUCUUACAGAUCACCAUAAACUAAAAGUGUAUUAACAAAAUCAUACCAUAGAAUGGUAUGUCAAAGGAAAAUCUCAGAAUAAGCUCUUUUCUACUGAUUGUUCUUGGUUUAAUUGUCUCUCAUUUAAAAGGUAGUCUUUACUAGAGAAAUAAAGAUUGCAAGUUUAAAAAAAGA